AUGAGUAAUAAAGUCACACUUUUCACCUUAGCCUUAAUCCUCUUCGCUGCCAUCGUCCUAUCGUCAGUCGAGGCUCAUGAAUGUCCAUAUAGUAAACGUAGCAAUGUUCCUUUGAACAAACGUAAUGAAACAAAACCAGAAAAAUGUCCAUGCUCUCUUGGCCAGGCAAUCUUUGAGAAAAACGUUACCGGCAUCUCAGUUUUCGCCCAAAACGAAUGUGGUGUAACCUCGAUCACCGGUUUUUUGACUGGUCUGAAAGAACCCUCUAAAAAUGUUUACAAUUUCUUUAUCACAGACCGUUGUGGCAAAAUUAUUACCAACUUGACGGAUGUUUUGAACGCUAAAAUUUCGGCUGACGGUGUCACUCAAUUUACCGCGAAAGACAAAGACCUCAAUCUUGAUUGUGAUAAGGAUGGCAUUUUCAAUCUUUUCUGCAAAGACGAAAAAUGCGAAAAGAAAGUUUAUAAACGUGACGGUCAAGGAGCGGACAUGCUAAUAACUCAAAAUAAUGGCCCUUACGCUCGUGCAAAUCUCAAUAAAUUCUAA